CUACAGAGCAGUCUGGGAAACCCCGGAUAUCGGCAGCUAAUGGCGGACACUGAACGUGUGAGGAGAGUCUGAGCGGGCGGAGGCCGAGGAUACGCCCAUAAGGGGUGGGGUUAUUUUUGGAGUCUUUCUGCCGAGCUCUCAGGAGCAUGCCCCCUCCAGAGACAGUCUGUGCUUGCACUGAGAACCACUGAUCCCGAGGUGACCUUCACUUUCUAUUCAUUUAGAUCUGCAGGGAGAAUCGAAACUGCCAUCUGCCUCAAUCAUAGAAUUGCAUCCGUGCAAUGGAGGACGAUACAAGUUCUCAGCCCUCUGAACCCCAGCUUGAGAACAUGGGGAGCACUUCUCCUGUGUCUAUUUGGGAUGAUCAGAGCGGGGAAGAAACCCUGAGAACACCUAAACCUACAAGCAAGGAAUUCAGGAAAACGUGGGGGUUCCGCAAGACAACUAUUGCUAAACGCGAAGGAGCCUUUGACACAGAUAUGGAGGCUGAGUCUUCUCAACAAGCUGGUCCUUCCCUUAGACGUAGUGGCCGUCAGCCAAAACGCACAGAGCGCGUAGAAGAGUUUCUUACUGCGGUUAGGAGAAACAGAGGGCGUAAAAGUACUACCUUAGAAGAUUCGAGUGAUAGGUCAUGUCCGGUUACUGAUGCAGAGACUGCUUCAGAGGGUAGUGUGGAGAGUACACCAGAUACCAAAACUGAUGGUCAAAGGGCAGACACAAGCAUAAAACGCGAAGUAAUUGUUAAAACUGAACUGAAGUGUGAAGAGGAUGACAGUUCAGACAGUGAUGGUAUAACUCUGAAAGAACUGCAGAAUAGACUGAGGAGCCGACACUCUGAUAAACCAGCUAGUGACAGAGUUCAGGAUCAGUCUGUGACUACUCCCAAAAAUGAAUCUCUGGCUCUGACAGAAAGCUCUGUGCGCACCCGAAGUGCUAAUCGUGCAGCUCAGUUACAGCACCAAACCUUACCCAUAAAGCAGGAAGCACAAAGUCCUCAACCAGCAGAAGAGCGAAAGCUUGACAAUAUUUGGCAGAGUCCCAGAAGCCGUCCCGAACGCGAAAUCUAUGAUCCAAAUACUCUUUAUUGUAUCUGCCACCAACCCCAUAAUAACAGGUUUAUGAUUUGCUGUGACAGAUGUGAAGAAUGGUUUCACGGAGAUUGCGUUGGAAUUUCUGAAGCUCGUGGUCGAUUAUUGGAAAGAAACACAGAGGAUUACAUUUGUCCGAACUGCAUGAUGUUGCAGGUAAAGGAUGAAGCUGACAGUGAACAGAAAGAUCCGCCUCCUGGAGAGAGUAGCUCGUGUGCUCAGCAGACAAGCACUGAAGCCAUUGAAAAGUCUUUAGAUGAUCAAGGCAUAAAGGGCAGGAUUGAGAAAGCUGCACAUCCUAGUGGGAAGAAGAAACUCAAAAUAUUUCAUCCUGUGUGUCCCGUGGUGGAGCCCGCAGCUCUUGAAGAGUUUUCCACUGUAUCAGAGUCUCCUGAAAUGGCAAAAUGCAUUGGCCCGGGCUGUUCAAACAUUGCCCUUCCAGAUUCUGUUUAUUGCAGUCAUGACUGCAUCCUGAAACAUGCAGCCGCCGCCAUGAAAUCCCUUUGCGCAGCCAAAGAAACCAAACCGAAAGAAAAGGCGAAGGUAAAAUCUGAGAAGAAAUCUCCACCCAAACCCCAGGUGACUGUGAAACCAGCAGCCCUAUCGACUGCCCUUCAUCACGAAAAGCCAGAAACACUGAUGAAAAAAGUCCUAAUAAUGAUACCAAGAAUGGAGACCAAUGUCCAAAGUGAGCAUCCAGCGGAGAGCAGCAGCGCCCCCUCCUGGGAGAGCGACCAUAAUUACAUUGCAGUAAAGACAGAAAAGACUGCAGCCAUUUCAUCCACACUAUUUUACAAAUCUGAUAAAGCAGAAGACAAUGAGAAGAAACCUGAAGUAGCUGCUACACAUCCAGCUCCUGCUGUUAAAAAAGCUCCCCCAUCACCAUCCUCUCUCAUGCCAAUGAAACCAAUCUCUUCCCUGCCACGAAUACCAAUGUUGAAGAAGACCACUUCCUCCACAGCACCAGUAAAGCAGCCAGUAAAACUGCUUCCUGCCAUCUCCAAGAACCCAUCAACCAGCAAAGUUGUGUCUCCUCCACCUUCCUCAGCCAUCAAGAAACUUGGACCAAUCCCCAAAAAGUCCUCUGUGCCGCUUACGUCUGUUGUGUCUGGUUUAAGGAAACCAGUCCCUUCCACUAUAACCACUGAACAGAAGAAACCAGCUGCAGGAUCCUCCACGCACCCACUCUCUUCCUCUGGAUCGAGCUCCCAAUCCAAGCCAGUGGCCAGUUCCUCUCAGUCUGCGCCGAACAUACAGAUAAGGCAGAACAUACGCAGAUCUCUGAAAGAAAUCCUAUGGAAAAGGGUCACUGAUAGUGAUGAUCUGGAGAUGGCCGAGAGUGACGUAAUAAAGAUUGCAAUGAACAUUGAGAAAGAAAUGUUCAAUCUGUUUCGAGAUACUGACAGCAGGUACAAGAGCAAGUACCGCAACCUAAUGUUUAACCUCAAAGAUCCUAAAAAUCAGGGGCUUUUCCACAGAGUUCUUCGAGAAAAAAUAUCACCAGCAAAAUUGGUUCGCUUCAAACCAGAGGAGCUUGUAUCAAAAAAGUUAUCUUCUUGGAAGGACAUGGGACCUAAACCGAAUUCAGCCCUGAAAGUGAAGUCACGGAUGGACAGGCUGCUCUCCCCAAGGCAAGCUGUGAUAGACAUGGAGGAAUCUCCACCAAUGUCUGAUACGGAUACGGAGCAACCAGAAACUGUGAAGAUUCCUCCACCUGAGAAAAGCAUUUCGGUCCUGCCUGACAUAUUCAGCAGUAUGUUGAGUGACACCACCAGCCAGCAUCGUGCCCAUCUCUUCGACCUCAAGUGCAAAAUCUGUACAGGUCAGAUGUCAGCUGAUGAUGAGCCCCCACACAAGCGUCAGAAAACUGCUGCUGCAACAUCCAAGAAACCUGAACCAAAGUCUGAGCCAAAGCCAGAGAUUCCUGAUGAGGCUUUACCACCGCCACCAACAGAUGAUGAAUCUGACACACAGAUGGAAACCAGUGACAGCACCACAGCUAUUCCCGAGAAAGGCCCAGAUAGCACACCCUUACCCAAUGCUUCCCCCAGCCAUCCUGAGCUGCCCUUGAUUACUCAAGGCCCUCUAUACCAACCCAUCAGUCAUGUCACCACAGUCACAGUAUCUGGCAGGGACCCAAGAACUGCAGUCAGUCGUCCAGCUCUUGUCAUAUCAACUGCCACAGACAACACUUCCAAAGUGGUGCGCGAGCCUGAGGAACCAUCUGCAGCAGCAUCCGUCUCUCUUCCUUCAGUCUUCAGUGCACCCAAGUCUAUACUGACGAAACCACAAGUCUCCGACAGCAGAUAUUUAGCUUCUUCACCAAGCCACAAUAUCGCAGAUAUUCGCACUUCUCAUGAUGGAGACACUUCCCUUUUCCUGUCACGCUUGAGUCCCAUCUGGAAAGGAUUUAUAAACAUGCAAUCUGUGGCCAAGUUUGUCACAAAAGCAUUCCCCGUUUCCGGCUCCAUUGAAUACCUGAAUGAGGACCUACCAGACACUAUCCAUAUUGGUGGAAGGAUCUCUCCGAAGACAGUCUGGGAUUAUGUCGGAAAACUUAAAUCGUCUGUUUCAAAGGAGCUGUCUCUGAUUCGUUUCCACCCAGCCACAGAAGAGGAAGAAGUGGCCUACAUUUCUCUCUACUCAUAUUUUAGCAGCCGUGGACGUUUUGGGGUCGUAGCAAAUAACAACAGACAUGUCAAGGAUCUCUAUCUCAUACCGUUAAGUGCCAAGGAUCCCAUUCCAUCCAAAUUGUUGCCCUUUGAGGGACCAGGUCUUGAAUCUGGACGUCCAAACCUAAUUUUGGGAUUGGUUAUUUGUCAGCGGACCAAACGACCAGCUGCUAAUGAGCCAGAAAAGUUUGAAGACAAGCGAGCAAAAGGUCCAACCCAGGAGGAAGCAGACAUCUUAAACUUCACAAAAGUGCCUGUGACUUCUGUAAUAGACAAAAAAACCCAGAAAUAUAAUCCAUAUUCAGCUGAAUUAAUGAAAAGUACAACGCCACCCGGCUCACCACCUCCUCUUCCAGAACCAAAAGCAACCGUUUCUAAAUCAGACAUUGUUCCUUCUGUCUCUAAUACAUCAGUUCGCUCUUCAUCACCUGUACAGGAGACUGCUGUGUCUGCAUCAUCAGCCUCUUCAAAGACUGCUACCCCAUUGGAACAUAUUCUAAAGACCCUUUUUGGAAAAACAUCAGAGGGGAAGAAUGAAAGUGCCAGCGCUCCUAAAGAAGAACUAGUUACAGAGAGAGUAUUUGCAGGCAUUCCCUUAAUAGACCCAAUUAUUCAGCAGUUUGGGCAGUUAUCUAAAGAAAAGCCUAUUGAAGACGAAGAUGACAGACCGUAUGACCCAGAAGAAGAGUAUGACCCGGAAAAAGCAUUUGGCAGCUCUACAAUUGUUAGUAAUGAUAAACCAUAUGAGCCAGAACAGCCAUGUGAAAAUUUGGAAGAUGAAGAAGCCUAUGAUCCUGAAGACGAAACCAUAUUAGAAGAAGCAAAAGUACCAAUUGAAGAUUUACCAAAUAAAAUGCCCUCUACAAGUAACCUAAAAUCUGUGGAAGUGGCUUCAGAAUAUGUAUCCUCUAUUUCUGACUCUUCCUCCCUCAUUGAGCAGCAGAAAAUGCUGGAUGAAUUGAAUAAACAAAUAGAAGAACAAAAGAAGCAACUGGAAGAGCAGGAGGAAGCUCUGAGACUGCAACGUGCCGCUGUUGGUGUUUCUAUGGCACACUUCUCCGUUUCCGAUGCACUGAUGUCGCCUCCACCAAAAUCGUCAAUACUUAAAAGUGAAUUGUUUCAGUUAGAGCCAAAUGCAGAGGUAUCCACACCACUGAGCAAUGAUCAAUUUAUGAAUCAAAAUCGUGAUCCACGACAACUUCGAGAUCCUCGACAACUGGCAUCGAAAAGGAUACGCACAGAGAAUGACCCUCCCAACACACAAUUGCAAACUGAAAAAAAUCCCCAAACAUUUACUACUGAAAGCAGCGAAGACACUCCUAAGGACUCCAUGGUUAAUCUGCUUAGCAUCAAAGUAGAAAAAGUGAAGCCUAAUUUGGAAGUGGGCCAGCAGAGUCCUCAAAAACCAAAUGACAAAAUUUAUGAAAAAAACUUAAAUACCUUCAUGCCUGAAGACAGCUCUUGGUACAAAAGGCUUGACUCUUCAGAGUCUGUAACAUCCAGUGAAGCAACAAGCACCUCAAAGUCCAUUCGUAAGGUGUUGCUACCAACUCCUGGAACUAGUGCACUGUUACAGCAGAAAUUUACACUUGGGGAAGGGGAAAGUGUAGCUCACUCUACUCCACCUGUGGCUCCCUGGCCUAAUGAAUCUCAAAACUUUGACUCACAAAUAUCAUUGACUGCCCCUACUUCUCAGACAGGUAUGCCACAAGAACAUGUUUCAGGUGCUUUUGAACCAGAAAAGGCAACAUUUCUACCCCAAAAAGACCAUAUGCACAAUCAAGCACCUCCCUUUAUAGAGCCAAUUAAGCCAGUGGUUCAGCAAGAAAACAGACUUGGACCUCCAUAUUUAAUGUGUCCCACAGGAGGCCCAGCUCAAAUGCAGUUUAAAAAUGAACAGGAUAUUCCAUCAAUAUUUGGUGAACCCAGGCCAAUUCAAAUGCCCAACCUUCCAGGAACAAGACCACCUACUCGAUUCUCUGACGAGAAUGUUCCAUCCCAUUUAGAAAUGCAAAGAGGUCCAUUACCUGAACGUUUAAUGGAUCAAAAGGGGCCUAUGCCUUUAAUGUCUACACAGUUUGGUCCUCCCCCUUCUAUUAAUCAUCCAUUUGGAGAUAGAACUCAACCUCCUCAAUUUGUUGGUCAAAGAGGACAAUCACCACCUAUAUUUGACCCACAAAGUGGUCCUCCUUCAGAAUUUAAUGAUUCUCAUUUUAGUGGUGUGAAUGAUGGUUCUCCCAGGUUUGAUGGUCAAAGGGGUCAGGUGCCACCUCAAUUUAUGGGAAAUAGAGGACAGCAGUUUAAUUUUGAGGGCCCAAGAAGACCACCACCACCAUCUCAAUUUAAAAUGCAUAGAGGUGUUCCAAUACAACCCCAAUAUGGAGGUCCUCAUGGCCCUCCGCCAAACCAAUUUGGAGGUCCUCGUGGACCUUUUCCAAAUGAAUUUGAAGUCAUAAGAGGCCAAUCUGCAGGCCCCUAUCCUGGACCAAGGGGCCCCCAGCCACACAAGUUCGAGGAGCAAAGAGAAAGUCCACCACCAAUAUUUACCAACCAACGAGCGCCAGCACCACAUCAAUUUGGAGGGCAACGUGGACCUGUACCACCUAAAUUUCCUGAACCGCAAACACAAAUACUGAAACCCCAGCAUAGACCUCUGCUUGAACUUCCAAGUAUCCCUCCACCGCAAGCAUGGAACAAAGGAGGAAAACCAGACAUACCUCACAACUACGUAGAGCAGAGGCAAGGUCAGGAGCAACACUGGGAAGCAAAUGAAUUUAGACAAAAUAAGGACCAUAGAAACCAGGGAUUUGAAGGAAGACCUAGAGAGCGAUAUGAAGGUCGUAGUGAUCCUGAAGUGCACAUGUCUGAACAAGUACCAGUCAGAGGAUAUGAGGAAAGGCGUGGGGAAAGAGAAUCAGAUGGCCAUUGGGAUAGAGAUGGUGGUAGAAACUGGAACAGAGAAAGGGACAGGAACUGGGAUAGAAACAAAGAUUGGGAGCGACCAAGGACAAAAGAACCAAACCGUGAAUGGGAUAAAAGUAGGGAUGGAGACAGAGAAUCGGAGAGGAACCGGGACCGUGACAGAGAUAAAGAAAGGGAUAGAGACCGUGACAGAGAUAAAGACAGAGACCGGGAAAGAGAGAAGGAGCGUGACAGAGAACGGGAACGAGACAAAGAAAGGGAUAGGGAUAGGGAUAGGGAUAGAGAAAGGGAGAGGGAAUAUAGAGAGCGGGAUCGGGACAGAGACAGAGAGCGGGACAGAGAUAGAGGGAGAGACAGGGAAAGGGACAGAGACAAAGAUCGGGCUCGAGACAGGGAAAGGGAUGCUUAUAGGCGCCGUGACAGAGAAAGGUCUAGAAGCCGGGACAGGGACAGAACAAGGGAAAGAGACAGAGAGAGAGGAAAAGAUCGGUCGAACAGAAGUAAAAGCACAGAGACAAACAAAGACUCUAAAUCUGAUCGUUUAAAGGACUCUUACAGAAGCCUCCCAACAGAAGCUGCAUCUAGUCAAACAUAAUGGCUGCCUGAACAUAGGCAGAUAACAUUCAAAGGAACUGUACUUUACUGUAUAUAUUUAAUUGUAUAUUUGUAUAGAGAUGUGAUGUCAUUUUAUUUUACAAAAAGAUUCCUUGUAAGUCAAUCUUUCCUUUCAGCUGUUUAUAAACAGCCAUGGACUAUUUAAUUUGUUGUAAAAAAACUUCCUCCAAUUUUCUACCAAAGUACUUUAAACCCAUUUAAAAUCAAGCUCACUUCCGCUGCUGGAUUUGGUUCCGGCUGGAUUUGUUAUAUACAGAUGGAUGUAAUGCCAGUGAAGAGCAUAUUGCUUUUUAAAGAGACUGUGUAGUUAUGUUUUGCUAUAACUUGUAAACCUAUUCUAUUUUUUUUUUUUUUUUAACCAAAUUGCAGCUCAGUCUAGAAGAACCGUGCACUGAAAGUAAUUGGUUUUCCUAUAUUGUGAAGUGCAUACUUUAUAAAGUUGUGAGUUUAUUGUAUAUAAUAGUCAAAAGAUUACUGUAUUUAUCUUCCUUGAAGGAAACCUUUGUAAAAAUGGUUUCAAAAUACACCUCUCAAACCAUAGAGUUUGUAAUGUUAAUGUUGGUAUUUAAUACGGCAAAGCUCCGUAAUGGACUGGUGCAGGACUCGGACCAUUACUGUUAGGAUUGGUCAAACUGAUUAGGUUAUUUAUUCUGCAUGCAGUUUCCAAUUGGAACAAAUAGGUGACGCAACAAAGAUUAAAUAUUGACACAUUUAUAAAGGGCAUGCACAUAACUUGGUGGUAAAUUUUGAGAAUCUAAACAGACUAUACCAGUAUUCACACUGUUAAAGUAGUAGGAGCGCACCAGUAUUUGUCUAAAAAUUCAUUAAUUUUCCCAAAUCAUUUUUUUUUUUCUGACAUGGAAAAUGGCUGUCUCCACAGUUGUAAGAGUGUAUGUGUGUGUGACCAGUCACCACUAGCCAUUGGCAAGUAGAAAUUAGUGUGCCACACACUCUCCAGGCUUGUAGUGGCAUAGGAUUUAACAUUCUGAGCCCUGUACGUAUGCAUAUUUGUGUCUAUAUUUAAAAACAAAAAAAACAACGGAAAAUUACCAUAUUUUUGGGAAACAGUCUAAAUAUCCAAAUAAAUAUUUUUAUGAGAGCGCUGAUAAAGGAUCUGACAUUUAUAAUCUUGUGGAGUACUUUAAAUCUAAGUGGUGACAAACUACUUUAUUUAAUUUUUAAAGCCAAAAAAACAAUAUGUUCCCCUUAAGCUAAACGAAGUGUCCAAGUCUGGGCUGUUUCCUUCUAGUAUGACCUGCAAGUCCCUUUGUAGUAAGAUUUUUUACAGCGAUUCAAUGUGGUGUGUAAAAAGGUUCCCUCAGAUUAAAUCAUCACUAUAAUGCUUGCCUGUGUAAAGAUCAAGUCACGGUUUAAGGAAUUCCCUGAGUAUGUUGUCAUAUCCAUUUUAUAUUCCAAACACUGUACAUUGAAAUUGUAAUAUGUUUUUCUUUUUGUAAGAAGAAUAAAUAGCUACAUCUGUUAAACUA